CUGGCUCUGGGUUUCCUUUUCUCUUUUUCAUCUGCUGUGUGGACGAUUUCGUCUCAAUCUUCUAUACGCACGCUUUUUUGGGUGCUGGAGUCAACAUCGCAUCGAGACCCACUGUUCUGCAUACAAUUGCCAGCCACCAGGGACUGCGAAUUUCAAUUCUCCGAUAUAAAAUCAAAAGCAUUGAUAAAUACUUAUUCCACACGCUGCGAUUAUGGCUCCUAUAAAUUCCAUGCUCGAGCCCCGGCAGUCAAGUGGUGACAAUUGCCCAAGCACAAUCACCGGCGGUGGGAUUGCGGGUAUCGUUAUCGGGUCGAUCGCAGGGACCCUCCUCAUCCUAUGGCUGUGGCGGAUAUUCCGACUCCCCGGUGCGUGGAGCGGCGGCGAUACACCUGACGUCGGCUACCGGCCUCCAAUUACUCGCAGCAGCACGAGUAGCCGCGGACGGCGACAGCGCCGUCGCCCGUCCGCGACGUAUGUCGACUAUGUCGAAAAGCCGACUAGUGUACGCAGUGCACGCCGGUAUAGUAAUCGCGAUGAUUUGCGACGGCCGGCUAAGGUUUAUAUGACGGAGACGUGAAUCACGGUCGGUGGGGAUUAUACCUAAGAUAUGUGGAAUGGCUGGAGUGGGUGGAUUGGUAUUUGGCCGUUGGCCCUAUACAUAUCAAUUGGGACUGGCGUUCGCUAUUAUUGUUUUGAUGUUUCUCGAAAGGAAUGGGUGGGCCACGCAUGGACAUGUUUUGACGGAGCCAAUGUUAAUUAUGAGACAUGACAUACAUAUGACUGCGCGAAUUUACGACUUGAUGAGAAAUAAUUCUUGGAAUAGAUUACCUGGUC